AGCGGCAAUUCAGUUCAAUUCAAACAAGCGACAAGUAAACAACUAAACAGAACAGAUCAAGUUCUCUGCGACCUAAAGCGAUCAGAAAUUGUUUUCAUCGGCUAACAAUAAAUUAUCAGUUAAUAUCAAAUCAAGUAAAGUGAAAAAAGUGAAUACAAUGUCUUCAUCGAAAGCAAUUGGCAUCGACCUGGGUACCACCUACUCCUGCGUUGGAGUGUGGCAACAGGGAAAAGUUGAGAUCAUCGCCAACGACCAAGGCAACCGAACCACCCCAAGUUAUGUUGCCUUCAGCGACACCGAGCGACUCAUUGGCGAUGCCGCCAAGAAUCAAGUGGCGAUGAAUCCAAGCAACACCAUCUUCGACGCGAAACGACUGAUUGGGCGCAAAUACGAUGAUCCCAAAAUCGCUGCCGACAUCAAACACUGGCCCUUCAAAGUGGUAAACGACAAUGGCAAACCAAAGAUUCAAGUGGAAUUCAAAGGUGAGACCAAAAAAUUCCCACCAGAGGAGAUUUCUUCGAUGGUUUUGACGAAAAUGAAGGAAACCGCUGAGGCAUACCUGGGACAUCCGGUGAAGAACGCAGUUAUUACCGUUCCCGCAUAUUUCAACGAUUCUCAAAGGCAAGCUACCAAAGAUGCGGGUGUUAUUGCCGGUAUAAAUGUUUUGAGAAUCAUCAAUGAACCAACCGCAGCGGCUUUGGCUUACGGUUUGGACAAAAAUUUGAAAGGGGAACGAAACGUUUUGAUUUUCGAUCUUGGUGGAGGUACCUUUGAUGUAUCCAUCUUGACUAUUGAUGAAGGAUCCCUCUUUGAAGUUAAAUCAACUGCUGGUGACACUCAUCUUGGCGGUGAAGAUUUCGACAACCGUUUGGUUGAUCAUUUUGCUGACGAGUUCAAGAGAAAAUACAAAAAGGACCUGAAAACAAAUCCCAGGGCUUUGAGACGUCUUCGCACAGCUGCCGAACGCGCAAAGAGAACCCUAUCGUCUUCUACUGAAGCCACGCUUGAGAUUGAUGCCCUGUUUGAAGGAGUUGACUUCUAUACCAAGAUAAGCCGCGCUAGAUUCGAAGAAUUAUGUUCGGAUCUCUUCAGAGGAACAUUGCAGCCAGUGCAGAAAGCUUUGGCAGAUGCCAAGAUGGACAAGGGACAGAUCCAUGACGUGGUACUGGUUGGCGGUUCAACCAGAAUCCCGAAAGUUCAAAGUUUGCUGCAGAACUUCUUCUGUGGUAAAUCUUUGAAUCUAUCCAUCAAUCCAGACGAGGCAGUUGCUUACGGAGCUGCAGUCCAAGCAGCCGUUUUGAGUGGUGACACUGAUUCCAAGAUCCAAGAUGUCCUCCUCGUUGAUGUUACUCCACUUUCCAUGGGAAUUGAAACAGCCGGCGGGGUAUUAUCGAAGAUCAUCGAGAGAAACGCACGCAUUCCAUGCAAACAAUCGCAGAUGUUUACCACCUACGCAGACAAUCAACCGGCUGUCACCAUUCAAGUCUACGAGGGUGAACGUGCGAUGACCAAAGAUAAUAACUUAUUGGGGACAUUUGAUCUCACUGGAAUUCCGCCAGCUCCACGUGGUGUGCCCCAAAUUGAAGUUACAUUUGAUCUAGACGCGAAUGGUAUUUUGAAUGUUUCUGCGAAGGAUACCAGCUCGGGAAAACAGAAAAACAUUACCAUCAAGAAUGACAAGGGUAGACUAUCUCAGCAGGAUAUUGAAAGGAUGCUGGCUGAUGCCGAGCGGUACAAAUCAGAGGACGAGAAACAGAAGAACCGUGUUGCGGCUCGUAAUCAAUUGGAAGGUUACAUUUUCCAAGUGAAGCAAGCUGUAGAAGAUGCCGGGGAUAAACUCAGUGAGGAUGAUAAAGCUAAAGUUAGGACUGAAUGCGACAAUGCCCUGAAAUGGUUGGAUACUAACACUCUGGCUGAGCAAGAUGAGUUCACCGAGAAACAGAAGGAGCUAACGAAGAUCUGCAGCCCAAUCAUGAGCAAGUUGUAUCAACAAGGAGCUCCCGAAGGUGCUGGACGUCAGGGUGGCACAUGCGGACAACAAAGCGGUGGAUUUGGAAAAGGAGGUGGACCUACCAUUGAAGAAGUAGACUAAUUUAUCAAGUCUAGAAUAGAAAUAUUUAUGCGUAACUUUUGUGAUUGGUAAAACUUAAAUUAUUCCUGUAUUAUUAGUUCUAUAAUAAAAUAAAGCAUUUAAAAUAUAA